AUGGAGCCCAAGGGGUUCCCCAGCAAGGGCGAUCGCGGAAGGAGAGACCCUCUUCUGCCCAGGCUGCCUUCACAUGAGCUCCGACCAGCCGCUGGCGCAAAUAGAUGGGGGGACUCAAGGGCCUCCGGGGGCGGCGCCGAGGGAUGGCAGGCCUCCAGCGGCGAGUCGUCGUCGCCCAAACCUGGGGUGGGCGUCUGGAGCACCGUGCGGCGCCUUUCCGCCCUGCCUAUCGUGCCCCAGCGGGCAGCGCCUAACAGGACAGGGCUAAGGUCGCUACGGCCCUCGCCCCUGCUCUGGGCCAGCAUACCCCGGACACUGGGGUCCCAGCUCCCCCAAGUCCGGAGAAUUCCAGGAGUUCCUGUGCCAGAUGGGGGCCGACUGCGGCCAGCAGCCACAGCCACCGAAACCUCAACCUCAAAAGAGUGUCCCAACUGCUCCUUCCUCCCAGACCUGAGGGGCCAGACAUCAUACUUUCAGAAUAGUCCUAAGGAGAUUUUGCUCCAUCAGAUACCUACCCUGGGGCCGCUGAGGAAAGAUCACGCACAAUUGACCAAGAUCAAGAAGGCCAACAAGGCCCAUGGUAUACAGGCCCCCAAGUUCAAGGCCAUUCUCACCCACAGCUCCUCUGGGGGAGGCUUAGGGCAUCGCAGGCAGUAUUGGCCAUUCCGAGUGCGUUUUGCUGAGGAGACCCUACGGGAUAUGGCGCUCCUCCAGCAGGGCAUCGAGAAUGGGCCAGCCACCCAGUUGGCAGCAUGGGAGCCUGUGUUUGGUAGUGUUGGGAAAUGGCUGGAGAGUUUGCCCAAAACCCUGUAUCCCAGGGCCGAGCAGGAGGCCGAGGCCAGCUCCCCGUGCAGCUGGGACUGCCACGACUUGCCCAUCCCAGAGCUGCAGGGCCACCUCUCUGAGGACACCUUCAUGAACAGCACCCUGCCCUUCACCCCCAGCACCACCACCCAGAGACAGCAGACAGACCUCAAAACCUUCCAGGGCACCCACAGCACCCUGGGGCAGGCGGGCAAAUCACCCUGUUCCUGGAACCAGAAAAUGGAGUCCUUCCUGCCCCGCUUGUCGCUGCACAAGGUCCUGAAGCGCGGCCCCCGUAAGGGAUACCAGCUCCUCCUGCCUUCGGUAACACGGCAGCAGGCUCAGCAGUGAAUGGCCACUGGAGGCCAAGCCCAGGCAUGGACUUGGGCCAGGGGUGAGGCGAGGCCUUCCUUGCCCCACAAAUAAAUGCACAUC